GGAGAAACGCGUUCUCUUCCGUCUUCUUCUUCUUCCUCCGACAUGCGUCUGUCUUUCUGAAUCCUUCGAAAAAGCUCUCGUGAGUCACUACUACUCUUCUCUAAUGUCUGUACAUGUCAAGGAGGAACCUGUGCUUGUGCAAAACUGUGAUGUCGAGAAUUCGGAGCUUGUUGUUUUCAAUGGAAAUGGGGUCAGUGAGCUUGAGGAUUUUGGGACUUGCAUAGAUGAUAUUACUGAAAGAGUGAAUCAGCUUGAGCAUAAAGUUGUGGAGGUUGAACACUUUUACUCUACCAAAGAUGGAGCAGCUCAAACUAAUACUUCUAAGAGUAACUCAGGAGGGAAAAAGAUUGCGAUUUCUCAACCAAAUAUCUCGAAAUGUAACUCGGCUGGGAAAGAUAAAACAAAGGGAAAACAUGUUUCCAGCCCCGAACUUAUGCGUCAAUUUGCUACAAUGUUUCGUCAGAUUACUCAAAAUAAAUGGGCAUGGCCAUUCAUGGAGCCUGUUGAUGUUAAAGGACUUGGACUCCAUGAUUAUUACAAGGUUAUAGAGAAGCCAAUGGACUUGGGAACGAUCAAAAAGAAAAUGGAGGGUUCAGAUUAUAGCAAUGUCCGGGAGAUAUAUGCUGAUGUUAGGCUAGUUUUCAAGAAUGCGAUGAAGUAUAACGAAGCAAAAGAAGACGUCUAUGUGAUGGCUCAAUCUCUGUUGCAAAAAUUCGAGGAGAAAUGGAUUCACAUAAUGCCUAAACUUGUAGAAGAGGAAAAGAAACAAGCAGACGAAGAAGCUGAGGAGCAUGCAAAUAAACAGCUUACUCUGGAGGCUGCACAAGCGGAAAUGACUAGGGAUUUAAGCAAUGAACUAUAUGAGAUCGAUCUUGAGCUGGAGAGACUCCGGGAAUCAGUAGUUCAGAGAUGCAGGAAAUUGUCCACUCAAGAAAAGAAGGGACUGUCUGCAGCUCUAGGUCGACUCUCUCCUGAGGAUCUGUCGAAAGCGUUAAAAAUGGUUUCAGAGAGCAACCCGAGUUUUCCGGCUGGAGCACCAGAAGUUGAGCUUGACAUCGAUGUUCAGACGGAUGUUACCUUGUGGAGAUUGAAGGUGUUUGUGCAAGAAGCAUUGAAAGCAGCAGCUAACAAGAGCUCUGGAGGAACAAAUGCUCAAACCAAUAACAACAAUACUGGAGAGAUCAACAAAAACAAUGCCAAAAGACGGAGAGAGAUCUCUGAUGCAAUCAACAAAGCUUCAAUUAAAAGAGCUAAGAAGGCUUAAAUCAAUAUCUAUAUCUGUGUUUAUUGAUCCCCAAGAGUUUGUUGUAACACCAAUAUAAAUUAAAUAUAACUUUCCAGACUUCAAAUGUUGAGUACAAUGUAAUGUAAUGUAAAAUAUAUGAAUGCUAAAAAAAAAAAUCUGUGUUUGAAAAUAAA